AUGUUCUCGAACGGCUACGUGGGCACCGCCCAGGACUCCCAGCGCAUCAGGCGCCAGGAAAAGCAGCGCGAGGAGCAGCGCAAAAAGUACGAGGACCAGCAGGCACAGCAGCGUGAGAAGGUACUGAACGCGGGCCUCAAGCAGUUCGGCUCGUCGAAGUCCGAGGCCUAUGAGGCCGCGUUCAAAACCGAGACGGUGGGCCUGGUCACCCGGGAGGAGUUUAUGAACAAGCGCAACACGAUUCAGCAGCGUCUGGCUGAGGAGGAGGCCCGCGAAAAGGAGGCAACAGAGGCAGCGGCAGCGGCGGAGAAAGAGCGGCGCAAGCGCGAGAAGGCUAAGGCCAAGCUCAAGGCCAAGCUGUCCUUCCUGGGAGAUGGCGAGGAAGAGGACGCAGAGGAGCCCGAUGGCCCCCCCGCAGCAGCCGCCGCCGCGGAGCGCGCCGCCAGCGGCGCCAACGCCAGCACGAGCGGCGGCGAGGGCUCCGGCGGCGCGGAGCCCGAGCCGGCGGCGAAGCGGCCCAAGCUGUCGAAGCUGGGGAAGGACCCGACAGUGCGGACCGAUUUUCUGCCGGACAAGGAUCGGGAGGUCAUGGAGGAGGAGCUGCGGCAGAAGCUCAAGCGGGUGGGCGGGGCUGCAGAGGGAAGGGUCGGCCGCCUGCUGACGUCAGCCAACCCGCGACCAGGGGCCGUGCGGGCGGCGCGGAUCUUGCGGCACCAAGGGGCCCUUCUUGAAGCGUAG